AUGGACCUUCUACUAGUCCUAAACCUAUCCGUCCUACUCACCCUAGCAACCCUCUCCACCCCUAUCAUCUUCCCCCUACUAUCAGAAAGCCUCAAAAACACCCCAACCACCAUCACAAACACAGUAAAAACCUCCUUCCUAAUUAGUCUAAUCCCCAUAACAAUCUACAUCCACUCAGGAACAGAAAGCCUCACCUCCUUCUGAGAAUGAAAAUAUAUCAUAAACUUCAAAAUCCCCAUCAGCCUAAAAAUAGACCUCUACUCCCUCACAUUCUUCCCCAUCGCCCUGUUCGUAUCAUGAUCCAUCCUACAAUUCGCAACAUGAUACAUGGCCUCUGACCCCUACAUCACAAAAUUCUUCACAUACCUACUACUAUUCCUAAUCGCCAUACUCAUCCUAAUCAUCGCCAACAACCUGUUCGUCCUAUUCAUCGGCUGAGAAGGAGUCGGAAUCAUGUCCUUCCUCCUAAUCAGCUGAUGACACGGCCGCGCGGAAGCCAACACCGCUGCCCUCCAAGCCGUACUUUACAACCGAGUCGGGGAUGUAGGACUCAUCCUCUGCAUGGCAUGACUAGCCUCCGCCAUAAACACAUGAGAAAUCCAGCAACUCUCCUCCCCAUCCCAAACCCCAACACUCCCCCUACUAGGCCUCAUCCUAGCCGCAGCGGGCAAAUCAGCCCAAUUCGGCCUACACCCAUGACUCCCAGCCGCCAUAGAAGGCCCCACCCCCGUAUCCGCCCUACUCCACUCCAGCACUAUAGUUGUAGCCGGAAUCUUCCUACUCAUCCGAACCCACCCCUUAUUCAACAACAACCAAACCGCCCUAACGCUAUGCCUCUGCCUAGGAGCCAUCUCCACCCUAUUUGCAGCCACAUGCGCCCUAACUCAAAACGACAUCAAAAAGAUCAUUGCCUUCUCCACCUCAAGCCAAUUAGGACUAAUAAUAGUUACAAUCGGACUAAACCUGCCCCAACUAGCCUUCCUCCAUAUUUCAACCCACGCAUUCUUCAAAGCCAUGCUCUUCCUCUGCUCAGGCUCCAUCAUCCACAGCCUAAACGGCGAACAAGACAUCCGAAAAAUAGGAGGCCUCCAAAAAAUACUACCAACAACCACCUCCUGCCUAACAAUCGGAAACCUCGCCCUAAUAGGAACACCCUUCCUCGCAGGAUUCUACUCAAAAGACCAAAUCAUCGAAAGCCUAAGCACCUCUUACCUAAACUCCUGAGCCCUAGUCCUCACCCUACUAGCCACAUCCUUCACCGCAGUCUACACAAUCCGCAUAACCGUCCUGGUCCAAUCCGGCUUCGUCCGAAUUCCACCCCUAGUCCCAAUCAACGAAAACAAUCCCGCCGUAACUUCCCCAAUCACCCGCCUUGCAGUAGGAAGCAUCACAGCCGGAUUCCUCAUUACCUCCUUCAUCCUCCCCCCAAAAACACCCCCCAUGACCAUACCCCUAUCCAUCAAAAUCACAGCCCUAACAGUAACAAUCCUAGGAAUUAUCCUAGCCCUAGAACUCUCAAAAGUAGCCCAAACCCUAAUCCUGACAAAACAAACCCCAUUCUCAAACUUCUCCACAUCCCUAGGCUACUUCAACCCCCUAACACACCGCUUCAACAUGACCCACUCCCUAAAAGGAGGCCAAAACAUCGCCUCUCACCUCAUCGACCUCUCAUGAUACAAACUACUAGGCCCAGAAGGACUGGCCAACCUACAGACACUAGCUGCCAAAACCGCAACCACCCUCCACUCUGGCCUAAUCAAAGCCUACCUAGGCUGCUUCGCCCUAUCCAUCCUCAUUAUCCUCAUCUCCUCAUACAGA